AUGUCAGGUAUUUUCGAUGGUGAUUCCGAAGAUUUAGACUGGAGUGGUGAUUUAGGGGAGUACGAUGGGGAAAGAAACGACCUUGGUGAGAGACAUGGCGAAGGAAAAGCUGUCCUACCCAAUGGUGAUGUUUACGAAGGGACUUAUUUUCAUGGAAAGAGGCACGGGAAGGGUGUAUACAUUUUUCGAAAUGGAGCGAAGUACACAGGAUAUUAUGAUCAGGGCCUGAAGAACGGCGAUGGCUUGCUUGAGUAUCCUGAUGGCUCUAAAUAUGAAGGAAAAUGGAAAAAGAAUGAGCGCAAUGGACAAGGAGUUUACCACUAUGCUAAUGGGGAUAUUUAUGAUGGAGAAUGGCAAAACAACUGGAGGGAAGGAAAAGGAGUGUAUACUUGUGCAGCAACCAAACUCAAGUAUGACGGACACUGGGUAAAUGGAAAACUGCAUGGACCAGUCAAUAUGAUUCUUGCCAAUCAUGUCUACCUUGGACAUUUUGUGGAAAAUAGGCCCUGUGGACCUGGUCGAUAUGUCUUUGACUUUGGUGUGGAGCAACAUGGGAAGUACAUCUUCCCUAAGAAGGUAAACUCUCAUGGGGAGAUGCAUGUAGACCCUCAUGGGGAGAUGCCAGUCAGAGAGCAUCCAGUUUGGCAAUGUGAGCCAGACCUUCAUCCUCUUGGUUCCUAACUGAAUGGAAAAAAACCUGGCCCAAGACUCAACUACUCCUUGUAGUACGCAUAUUUUAAGGCAAAAGCUUUCAUUCAGUGAUUGAUUUAACAAGUUAUUAAUAACAUGAAAAAUAGUUUUUAGCAUGCAAGCUUUUUAGUACUUCAUCAAGCUGAGAGUUUUAAAAAAAUUGUUUGUUUUAAUUUGUAAUCUUCUGUGAAAGAUUAGAAAGGGAAAAAUUAAAAAGAUCUUUUUGUGACAUGAUUUUGAAUUUAGUUGACUGUGUAGAAAGUCUCUUUUCCUUGAGGAGACAGAAAAGGUUGAGGGAGGGGGGGGAGACAGAAUAUUCUCCUUACAUAUAGCAGAAGCUACAAAAAAACCAUACACAAGAAUCAAAGUUUUAUACUUAAGAGUAUAAAAUAUUUAAUAGUAAAAGAUAUUUAUACCUAUUCAGCUAUGGAAAAAAUAGGGAAAAUUUUUUGUUUGAAUUGUGCAGAAAGAAAGCAGGCAUUGUCCAUAAUUCUGAACUCCCCUCUUCAUCUUGCUGUGACAUUAAGAAUUUUUAUUGCAAACUUAUGGAAAAAAAUACCAUUUGUGCAACAUAAAAUUAUAAACAAUUCAAAUGAUUAGUUCAAUAGAUUUUUAAGGAUUGUAUAUUUUGAGCUUGGUUGUCUUGUACAAAUGUCAUUUAAAGCUAAAUUUUAUGUUGCAGACUAACAGUGGUAAACCUGUUUAUAAAAAUGGACACCAAUUUCCUAGUGCUAUAAAGCAAGUAAUAAAUAAUGCAGAACUUG